AUGAACGUGUUGGAUUCUAACGUGGAAGCUCUAGCCUUCAACUACUUGAGCUUCGGUUUGCUCACAGCCCUCAACAAUCUAUGGACCUGGCUCGCUCUUCUCACCGCCGCACUCAGCUUCUGGAAGAUCCGAUCCUCGGGCUGCCCCAAGCCCAAGCCCGAGCCCGACACCCAACCCUCCACCGUGCCCCACCAGUUGACGCCCAGCGAGGAGAAGACGGAGCCAGCGCGAGUUAAUGCUAACGUGGCGGAGGACGUUGACGGAGUCAGGAAGGGGAAGUUUACAGUGUAUUACGAGGAGCACGUGCAAUGCACGUGCGACUGCGAGAGCGAGGGGUUCGCGGCGGCGUGCGAAGAGAGCGAGGGCUCGGAAACGGAGUGGUGGAAGAGGUGGGAGAGGCUGUUACGGUUGAGAAACGGGGAGAAUGAAAACGGAUGGUACACGUGGCAGGACGUGACGGAGCUUAACGGCAACGUUGUUAGAUUAUGGGACGGUGGUUCUUUCGCUGGUACAACAGCUCCAGUUGUAUCCAUGUCUGGCAUCUUGGAAUGA